AUGGUUAGAUUUAGAGGUGGUUCUGUGGGGGUCGGACGCUCUUUUAGACUUAGGGAUGAGGAUAUUGAAAUUGUGGAACCCUUCACCAAAGCAUCCAAAAAGAAAACUACAAAUCGAAGUGGAAAGGUGAAGCAAACUGCUCAAAGGAAACGAGAUGCUCCAACUGUUGAGCCAUCUGAUGAGCAGAUGGAAGAGCAUCACUCUGAAGAAAAUCCAGUAAGUAGGAAUGCAGAAGAAAUGGAAGAGCCCACCCAUGCUGAAGUAACUGUCACGAAAUCACCUGGGAGAAGAAAAAGAUCUGCCCAAAAGAGAAGCACUGCUCAAUCUAAUGUAGAAAAAAAUGCUGAGGAUCAGCACACCCCUGAACCAUUUACCAGAAAAUCUGCACGGACAAGGGCUGAGGUUCAGAAUACUGAGUCGUCUGGCAAACAAACUGCAAAAAGGAAACAUUCUGCAAAGGAACCAGAGACUCAACCUGCCAAGGAACCUACUCCUCUGCCAAAAUUUAUUGAUGAUGAGGCCAGAGACAGAUUUGAGUUGCCUCAGCCCACAGAGCAUACUCCUGGUACUGAAGCCACUCCAGAAGCACAUGCUUCCAGCUCUCAGCCCAAAGAUAAAGGCAAGGCUCCAGUAACUGAGGAGGCAACUGAAGAAGAUGAUGAAGAGACUGAGGAGGAAGACCAAGUGGAUCCUGGGCAGUUUCGUCUAACCAGGAGAAGGCCUGGAUCGUCUAAAAUCACCAUCUAG